UAAAAUCAAACCCGUGUGAGCGCCAAACAGCAGAAGACGCCAAUCUCGUCAACGGUUUUUUCAAAGUUUCAACUAGUGCUGGUUUCAAUCAGUUUCUCUCUCUUUCAACUGUAGUGCAAGAGUGCAAGACUGAGCGUGAAAUCGUUCAACUGGAAAAUUGGUACUAUAGGCGUAACUACCCGUAUUUUCACAAGAAGAUAUUUUAAAACAGUGUUUAAGGAAUCAUAUAGAAACUUCAAAAAUUUAAUUAAUAGUGAAAAUCUCGUGAAUAUUCUAUUUCCAAAGUGACAGUCGUCUAUAAUGCGUGAUUGUCAACGUGUUCCCACUGCCAGAAGUAAACAAAUUUGGACAAAGAACUAAGUGGCAAGAAUCUCAAAUAGAUAUUUAAAAAUGAAAGGUUCAGCAUCUUCUGCAGGGUCAAGAUCAAAUCAGAACCCACGAUGUACUACCACAUCAUCUUCUUCAACAAAGACACCACUUGAAGGCCACCUCAAACCAAAAACACCUGCAUUAAUAACACCAAGCCCUAAAAUAGAAAGAAUGGAACGAAGAGAAAAAUCUAAUGCUCUAGAAAAUGUACAAAGAGAUCUCUCUACAAGGUGUGGAGUCCAACAGUCAAACAAAUUGAAAGUUCCAUUUACCAUGAAUGAAAGACACUCUACUGGAAGUCCCAAACUAAGCACACCUAUUAGGUCUGGUCCACGAAGCUCUGAAAUAUCUAUGUCAACAAUUGUGAGAACACCUGAAGUUUUUUCUACAGUACGUUUUGAAACCCCAAAAAGAAAUCUUGCUAGUGAACAGGGUGGCUCUGGAGUUGAAACCAGCAAUUUAGUAGUUGCUGUAAGAGUUCGUCCUCAAACUGAUAAAGAGAAAACUGAAAUAGAAAUGAAACCUGUAAUUAGUGUAAAGGGAAAUGAAAUGAGUGUGCUGACAGAUUAUGGGCAAACACACUCUUUUACUUACGAUCACUGCUUUUUGUCAAAUGCCGCUUUUCAUGACAAACAACAUGAUCAAGACAAAGUUUAUGAAAGCUUGGCAAGGCCAUUACUUUCUCAAGCCUUCAAAGGAUUCAAUACCUCGUUAUUUGCCUAUGGACAAACAGGUUCUGGGAAGAGUUUCAGUGUGAUGGGCAAUAUUGGCAGUAAAAAUGAAUUGCAUGUGGAGAGUGGAAUUGUACCACGUUUUUGCCGCGACCUUUUCCAAAAAAUUGAACCACUUACGAGGAAUCCCGCUGAUAACUUUUCAAUUGAAAUUCAAAUAAGCUAUUUCGAAAUUUAUAAAGAGAAAAUUCAAGACCUUUUGUGUCCUGCAAGUAAAUUAGGAGGAAGCUUGCGCGUUCGUGAACACCCACAAAAUGGUCCAUAUGUAGUUGAUCUUUCGAAGCAUGCAGUUAAUUCGUUUGAAGAAAUACAGCGUUGGCUUGUGGUUGGAAACCGGCAACGCGCAACUGCAGCAACAUCUGCAAAUGAACAUAGUUCACGUUCUCAUGCUAUAUUUACCAUCACAUUAGCACAAAGUCAAGAAGAAAAGUUAGAUGGUAAAUCGCACCAAGUUCGGAAGCAGAGCCGCAUAAAUUUUAUUGAUUUAGCUGGAAGUGAAAGGGUAGCUUCUUGUCAGUCCGUUGGUGAUCGCCGAGAAGAAGGAUUAACUAUCAAUCAAUCGUUGUUGACUUUGGGACGAGUUAUCACUGCUUUAGCCGAACAAAAUUUCGUACCCUACAGGGAGUCGGUAUUGACUUGGCUUUUGAAGGAAAGUUUGGGCGGUGAUUCAAAAACAGUAAUGCUGGCCACUGUUAGUCCAUGCGCAGCUCACAUAGAAGAAACGUUAGCAACCUUGCGUUACGCUUGUCAGGCUCGUAAGAUAGUCAACACUGCAAGAAUUUGCGAGGAUCCCAAUUCCGUUCAUAUUCGUCACCUACGUGAUCAGAUUAAGCUGAUGGAAAAUCGUUUACAUGAGGCCAAUGCUCGUUCGUCGGAUGAGACAGCUGUAGCGGGUAGCAGCGCCAACGAGUCUUCCUCGCGUGUUCAACAACUUGAAACUGAAAUUCAGUGUCUGAAGAGUCGUUUGGCAGAUGUCGAAUGUCAAAAAGAUAUUUCUUGGCAAGAAAAGGUGACUCAAGCUGAAAUGAAGCGAGCUGAAGCGGAAGAAGCUCUAGCGAACUUUGGUAUUUCCAGUGUAAAAGAUCCUAAAAAACCCUGUCUAGUCAACGUAAAUCAGGAUCCGUUGCUGUCUGGAACUCUUUUCUUCCCCUUGAAACCGGGGCAAAAUUGGGUGGGUCCUCCAGUUUGUUCGGUUGAGCUACCAGCUAUCCAGUUAACCGGUGUAAUGAUUGAAGAUCAACAUUGCUGCAUUGAGCUCUCUGGAGAUAACCUUAGACUGACUGCAAACGCGGAAACGUAUGUAAAUGGACAGCUGGUUACUUCAACUGGAGUAGAUCUUCGCCAUGGGGAUCGAAUUAUUAUUGGUGGAACCCAUUAUUUUCAUUUGCACAACCCAAAUGAUUCCCAGUUUCAGGGGAAGAAAAUGAAUAACAAUAAGGUUUCCGAUUUUGAAAAUGCGCACGAAGAACUGAGAAACUGUCAAGAAAAACGCUUGCAAGUAGCUAUCAAAGAAGCCCAAGAAAAGGCAAGGGUUUUGUUGAUAGCCGAAAUGGAAGAGCUCCGCCAAGAAGCGGCUUUAGAAAUCUCUUUGCAACGCCAUAGUUAUGAAGACGAGAUCGCGUCCCUUAAUCGGGUGUUGCAAGAACGGCAAUCCAAUGAUAUUCCUUCGCCACUCCUCGCUUCACCUUCUACAUCGAAGUCUACGAACUUGGAAGAAAUUGAAUCGCUCCUUCGAGAUACACAAAGAAAACUAGCUCAACCAACAAAAAACUCUGAAGAAUCCUCGUUUGUGAUUCAAUCCAUGUUAAAUGAGACCAAUGCCAUUUGUCGACGAUUUCAACAGCCUUAUGCUUUCGUUCGGAAAGAGGCGCUUACGGAAGACCUACAGCCAUUGAUAUGCGUUCAAGAUCGGGAUCGCCAGCUAGUAAUGCACUGGAAUGUCGAUACACUGCGGCAACGUUUGGAAGCGCUGCGAGAAGCCGUCGAUGAGACAGGGGAUUUUCCCGUUGAUGCUAUUUUCGAGAGAGGCGAUGUGUGGCAGUUGGAAGACGGCACUUCUGCACUAUUCGUCCCUGCCAUCAAAGAAAAACUGGAUAAACUGCUUAAACGUCACGACAGCAGUAUGAGCGUUCUUGAUGAUAGCCGAUUCAGUUUCGAUUCUUCUAGACGCUCCAGCUUACUUUUCUCAAGAUCCCCAACGAUCAACACUGGGACAGCUGACACAUGUAAAGAACUGAUUCACAAGUUGGGUGACGGCGACUUGAAUUCCACAUUUUGUGUUGCUGCUUCUUCCCUUCAGCGUGUGCUGGAUAUUCCUGAUCGCACGUACACUUUUGUCAUUCCACUCACUGUCCACGCCCACACACUUUUAGCCAUUUACCCAGCAUUAGUCAGCUUUUUCGUUCACAAAAGAGACGUACCAUCAAGUAUCCGAGCCAAUUGGAUACAGAGUACCAAGGAACUUGGACGUAAACUACAAAAUUCCCUAGAGUUCGUCAUGCAGGGUAUUUCACUGGACUCUGUUGGUCUUUUCAACGAUUGGGUCCACCGAACGCAGGACUCACUCAAUUCCAUUCUUGCUAGUUACUGCGAGCUCUCUGUCGUUUUUUGCAACGAAGUUCCGAAUUUGGACGUUAUCACGUCUGCAACCGCAUUCACGGGAUUUGUUUCAGCUCAAACCAAAGUGCAUCAAGCAACCAUCGGUUUCGCUGACGAUGUCCGGAUGAAAAUUGCGCAGCUUCCAGAUGAAAAUUCGAUCGAUUAUCUAGACAAUUCCAGUUUGAUGACGAGAGAUUCAUGGCUAGUGAAAGCUUCUCACGACGUCAUAACACAAGUUCUAAUCCUUCUUGAACAGUUUACGGAAAACAUUGACAGUAAAUUUUUGUGCGAAAAGGACGUCGCUGCCAUUCACUCGAAAUUUCAUCAACGAAUUGAUAUUUUGUUGCGCAUGGCGAAUACUGUCGAAAACUUGUUGUCGUAUCUGGAACUGGCCGAUCUGACCCAAGUGAAACUGUGUGCCGCAGCAUUGGAAGUUCAGGCCACCGCUUACGCAAAUCAAAUGGGUGUCUCUGCAGAUAUAACGUCAGUCUUGUGCGAUGUUUCAUUCGCAGUAAAUUCGGUGCACAAAAUCGUAGCAGAAAGAAGAAGGAUGACAGCUCUGAGAAGAGGGCGGGACAUAAGUUAUAGUCCACUCCCAGCGCGGCUACUAGCCUCAACACCCCGCAAGUCCUCACACUUUGAUGACGUUAUUGAAUCCGAAAUCAGCAAUUCUACAUUUGAAACGGUGGAAAGCGAUGAGUCCUUGGAAGAAGUGCCUAUUUCACCGUCAGCCAUAAAGAAAGCAUUACUUUUUCAUACUCCUUCGAAAUCGAGUUUGAAACCGAACGGAAGCUUAAAACGCCCACAUAAAUCUGUUCGCUUUAAUGUUUCAGAGAUGUCACUUUGAAGAUAGCACAAAUUCCUGAAUUAAUGUAUUUGGAGCUUAUGCAUUUCACAAUUAUCCGUAAUAUAAGUCUAAAUGUGCUUUUUUAAAAAAAUUCUCCUACUUGCAUGUCAGAUUUUCCAUACUAAGUCUUUCUUGGCGAUAUUGUGUAUUAUAUUUCUCGCGAUCUAGUUUAGAACUACUAUUUUGUUUCGUCUGAAAAUAAACAAAACUACCUAUCA